AUGAUGGAAUUAUUUCAAAUACCAGCGCAUGUUCUUGUUUCUCCAACCGUGGUUUUCGAGCACUGCAAUGCGGCCCUUGGAGUACCAAUUGUGCCCAGCUAUAUCCCAGGUGUUUUCACACCAUUCACGGACGAAAUGAGCUAUUACCAAAGAGCAGCAAAUCUCUUCGUCACGUUUUUAUCAAUGAAGUGGACAGAAUGGAUAUUCACCAAACAGCAAUUGCUUUUCCGCCGACUUUAUGGCGAACAGUUCAUUGAUCUGAAUGUGUUCAUGCAUUUUUUCCGUUAUGAGACUCAGUACUUACUGAGUAGUAUCACACUGCCAACAGCAACCGUUUGGAAGUUCUUGAACGGUAGCAGCUUGCUAACAGCAACACAAGCUGAGCGUGAUACGGAGGCAGUGUAG